AUGGAAGAAUUCGAUCGAGUUCCCAUUGACAUUCAAUCUACCAACAACCCCAGUUUGAGUCUCAGCAGCAGCAGCAAUGGUCAUACAUUGACCAUAUCUCCUGGAAUGACACAGUAUUGGACUCCUCACUGUGAAGAUGAAAUCAAACCAGCAGUAGACAUGAUUUUUAAAACAUUGGAUGCUGGUAUUGAAUUCUACAAACAUUAUGCUUCCAAAGUUGGGUUUGACACGAGGUCUAGUUCCGUCGUUACAGCACGUGACGAGACAAAAAUUCAAAAGCAAAUCGUUUGCAACAGAGAAGGAUUUAAGAAUACAGGAGCUCAACAUUUUCACUCGCAGUCAAGUGCAGAUGCAGGGGAAGGGCCUUCCCGUCCAAAGCGGCGAAGGGUUUCAAACAGAACUGGUUGCAGAGCUAGGAUUAUGUUUAAGUACAUUGGAGCAGCUGGGUACCAAGUUACAACUUUUAUUGAAAAACAUAAUCACAGCAUGUCUUCGGUUCUGGCAAGGCAGUUUCUAAAGGGAAAUAGAAACAUCUCCAGUGUUCACCAGAAGUUUAUACUCGAUUGCGCUAAAGCAAAUAUUGGAGCAUCAAAAUCACACGGUUUAUACAGUCAGAUUGUGAGGAAUUACUCUGAAGUUGGAGCAACUGUAGUGGACUUUAAAAAUGUCAGAAGGGAUCUCAGAGCAUACAUAUUGGGAGAUGAUGCACAAAUACUGUUGAUGAAGAUGAGCAGACUGUUUUGGGCAGAUCCAAUGUCAAAAAAGAAUUUUGCUGCAUUUGGAGAUGUUGUCUCUUUUGAUGCCACGUACUCAACAAACAGGUACGAUCUGGCAAUGGGUAUGGAACCAAGAAUAAUUGUCACCGAUCAAGAUCCAGCUAUGAAAGUGGCGAUUCCAACAGUUUUCAAGCAAGCCAGGCAUCGUUAUUGCAUGUGGCACAUCAUGUGUAAAGUUGGGGAAAAGAAGCAGUGGAGAGAGCUCAUGGAAAAGUACAACUUAGUCGAGCACAAUUGGUUUACAACUAUGUUUGAGGCUAGAAAGCAUUGGAUCCCAGCGUAUUUUAGAGAUAGCUUUAUGGGGGGUUUACUCAGAAUAACUUCUCGUUCCGAAAGUGAGAACUACACGUACAACCGCUUUACUGGUCCCCAAUCAAGCCUAGUUGAAUUCAUGAUGAACUUUGACAGUGCUCUUAAAUCACAACGUAACACAAAUGCAAAGCUCAACAGUGACAACGAAGGCUACAAUCCAGAUAUGAAGACGCCUUUGGGGAUUGAAAAGCACGCUUCAAUCGUCUACACCAUUACUGUUUUCUAUCAAGUUCAGGAAGAAAUAUGUGCCUCCUGUUUCAAAUGUAUGGUGUUGAGUGUUAGAGAAGACGGUGGAAUGUUGCACUAUGAUAUUAUGGAUGGAAAGAACAAAAGAUUUACUGUGGUGCACAAUGUAAAUGACCAUGAGGCCAAAUGCAGUUGCAAAAUGUUUGAGAUGGUUGGACUGUUGUGUAGACACAUAUUUGUGGUCUUUAGAGACCUUGAAAGGAUCCCUCUGGAGUACGUGGUUAAUCGGUGGACUAAGGAUGCAUCUUUAAAAGCUACAUUUGAAAUAGAUGGUGUCAUUUAUGAUCAUAAUGGACCAAAGGAUGAAAAGAAGAUGCUGUUGAACAAAGUGUGGUCUGAUAUACACUGCUGUAUGGAUUUGGCAGGUUCAAACAUAGAGCAAUUGACUGCAUUUUCCCAAGUGAUUAAUGAACAGAAACAGCUGCUACUGUCAGGAAAGGAGAAAUUGUCCCCUCAGCACAGCAGGAGAACUGUUAUAGAAUCAUAUUGUGGAUCAACAUAA